AUGUACGGAUAUUCUCAAGAUCUUCGCGAUAAAGCAAUGACUUUGUAUAAAACAGGUAAUUACAAUAAAAAAGAGUUAGCUAAAUUGCUUUCUUUAGGCUAUGCCACAAUUCGCAGAUGGUGUGAUAGAUAUGACGAAACAGGAAGUUGUUUGAUAAUAAAACCAGCAAAAGAAGGCAGACAUAGCAUAUUUACCGACAAGCAAGCAGUAUUGGAUUACUUAGAAGAGCAUCCCGAUGCUGACGGUAUAGAGCUACAGGUAAAUUAUAAACAACGUUGUGAGCAGAAAAGGGCAUCAUUCACAGAGCAAAUUAAAAAUAUCCUGCCUGAGUAUCUCGUCUAUAUUGAUGAAACAGGUGUGGACAACAACAUGUCUCCAUUACGUGGCUGGGCCAAAAGAGGCGUAAAAGCAUUUACCGAAGCAUUAGGAUUUAGAAGCAAACGUAUAACCUUAAUUGGUGGUUAUUGCUAUGGUAGUAAAGAGCUUAUUGCACCAAUGGAGUAUGAUGGCUAUACUAAUGGUGAGGUAUUUUUGGCGUGGGUUGAACUUGCUCUAUGUAAGGAGUUAAAGCCAAAUCAAGUUGUAAUUAUGGAUAAUGCCAGUUUCCAUAAGUCAGCCAGAGUUAAAGAGUUAAUUGAACAAGCUGGAUGUAAGUUAAUGUAUUUACCCCCAUAUUCACCCGAUUUGAACCCGAUUGAACAUGUAUGGGCUAAUUUAAAGCGUUUCAUUCGAACUAAUGAUAAUCGUCAGGAUAAUUUAAGUUUGGCUAUUGAACAAUCAAUCGCUCAAUUGUUUAUAGGUUAACUAUAUACUCUUCGUAAGCGCGCCGAAUUUGAAAAGUUGGUUCGCAUCACUAGAAACAUUGAUGAGAAAGAUCGUCUAAGGGCUAUUUUGGCUUACGACGAUGGUCACGAUGUCUGUGAUAUUGCUGAUAUCUUAAAAAUUAGCGACUCAACUACAUACAAUUAUAUAAAUGACUACCUAAAGCAAAAUAAAGUAUCCCAUAGUCCUCGUGGCGGCUCAGAAAGUAAGCUAAAAGUUAGCCAAGAAAUUGAGCUAAUUCGCCACUUGAGUACUACCACGUAUCUAACAGCUAAAACCAUCUGCCAAUAUGUUUUUGGCAAGUAUAAAAUAAAGUAUACUGUUUCAGGAAUAACCAAAUGGUUAGAGCGCAAUGAUUUUGUUUACAAAGCUCCCAAGUUAAUACCAGGUAAGUUGGAUGAAGAAAAGCAACAGCAGUUCAUUGAACACUAUCAAAGCUUAGUAGCAGGUGCUUCUGCCAAUGAUAUUAUUAUGUUCAUGGAUGCAGUACAUCCUGAAUAUCAAUCACAAGCAGUCUGUGGUUGGAUGCCAAAAGGCGAAACUAAAACGCUAGCAGCAACCAAUACUCAAUAUCGAUUACAUCUAAAUGGUGCUAUUGACUUGAGCAGUAUGCAGAUUGUCACGCGUGAAUACCCAACGAUUGAUGCUCAAUCUAUUAUUUCAUUCUGCACUGACCUUGAAAGCACAUAUCCAGAUAAAUCAAUUCACUUAAUCUGCGAUAAUGGACGCUCCAAUAAGAAUAAACAAUUGACGAAAUACCUUGAAAACGCCAGAGUUCUAAUUCACUAUUUGCCACCAUAUUCGCCUAAUUUAAACCCGAUAGAGCGACUCUGGAAAGUAAUGCGAGAGCAUGUCACGUAUAAUAAGGUAUAUCCUAAAUUUGCUGAUUUUACUGAAGCAAUUCGUUACUUCUUUGGGGAUACAGUGCACCGUAUUCAAGAUGUAUUGCGUGCCAGAAUAAAUGAUAACUUUGAAGUUAUCCGUCACAACCCAGUCCAACUUUCAAGUUGA